UGACCCUUCCAGGUCCCGCCUCCGCCCUCCCACGGAGAGCGAGGCCAAAAGCCCAGCCUCGGGGCAGUGGACAGCCUGGCCAGCAUGUCCCCCAGGCGGAGCGCGUGCUGGGUCGCGCUGGGCCAGCUGCUGUGCAGCUGCGCGCUGGCGCUGCAGGGCGGGAUGCUGUUCCCGAGAGAGAGCCCGUCGCGGGAGCUCAGGGCGCUGGACGGACUGUGGCGCUUCCGCGCGGACCUCUCCGUCAACCGGCUGCGGGGCUUCGAGCAGCAGUGGUACCGGCGGCCGCUGCGGGAGUCGGGUCCGACCUUGGACAUGCCUGUCCCGUCCAGCUUCAAUGACAUCACCCAAGAAGCAGAGCUUCAGAACUUUAUUGGCUGGGUGUGGUAUGAACGGGAAGCAAUCCUGCCCCAGCGAUGGACCCAAGACCCCCAGAUGAGAGUGGUGUUGAGGAUCAACAGUGCCCACUACUAUGCUGUUGUGUGGGUGAAUGGGAUUCAUGUGGUGGAGCAUGAGGGAGGUCACCUCCCUUUUGAGGCUGACAUCAGCAAGCUGGUCCAGAGUGGGCCCCUGACCACCUUCCGGCUCACCAUCGCCAUCAACAACACACUGACCCCUCACACCCUGCCACCAGGGACCAUUGUCUACAAAAAUGACACCUCCAGGUAUCCCAAGGGAUACUUUGUUCAGGACAUAGAGUUUGACUUCUUCAACUACGCGGGAUUGCAUCGGUCUGUGGUCCUCUACACCACCCCCACCGCCUACAUUGAUGACAUCACUGUGACCACUAACGUAGACCAAGACAUCGGGCUGGUGAAUUACUGGAUUUCCGUCCAGGGCAGUGAACAGUUCCAGCUAGAAGUGCGUCUUUUGGAUGAGGAUGGUAAAGUCGUGGCCCAUGGAACAGAGGGCCGGGGCCAACUUCGGGUGCCUAGUGCCAACCUCUGGUGGCCUUACCUCAUGCAUGAGCAGCCAGCCUACCUGUACUCCUUGGAGGUGAGGAUGACAACAGCUGAGUCUGUGUCCGACUUCUACACCCUCCCCGUCGGGAUUCGAACCGUGGCUGUCACAGAGAGCAAGUUCCUGAUAAACGGGAAGCCUUUCUAUUUCCACGGUGUCAACAAGCACGAGGAUUCCGAUAUCCGAGGGAAAGGCUUCGACUGGCCGCUGCUGGUGAAGGAUUUCAAUCUACUGCGUUGGCUCGGGGCCAACUCCUUCCGUACCAGCCACUACCCCUACGCGGAGGAGGUGCUUCAGCUCUGUGACCGCUACGGAAUUGUGGUCAUUGAUGAGAGUCCGGGUGUGGGCAUCAAGCUGCCGCAGAGUUUUGGCAACGAGUCUCUUCGGCACCACCUAGAGGUGAUGGAGGAGCUGGUGCGCAGGGACAAAAAUCACCCAGCGGUUGUGAUGUGGUCUGUGGCCAAUGAGCCUUCUUCCGCCAUGCUGCCUGCCGCUUACUACUUCAAGACGCUGAUCAAACACACCAAAGCCCUGGACCCCACCCGUCCUGUGACCUUUGUGACCAACGUCAGAUAUGAUGCAGACCUGGGGGCCCCGUACGUGGAUGUCAUCUGUGUGAACAGCUACUUCUCCUGGUAUCAUGACUAUGGGCAUUUGGAGGUGAUUCAGAUACAGCUGAAGAGCCAGUUUGAGAACUGGUACGAGACUCACCAGAAGCCAAUCAUCCAGAGCGAGUAUGGAGCAGACGCAAUCACAGGGUUUCACGAGGAUCCACCUUGCAUGUUCAGUGAAGAGUACCAGAAGGCUCUCCUGGAGAAUUAUCAUUUGGUGCUGGAUCAGAAACGGAAGGAGUAUGUGGUCGGAGAGCUCAUCUGGAAUUUUGCUGACUUUAUGACUAGCCAGAAACCAAUGAGAGUAAUAGGGAACAAGAAGGGAAUCUUUACUCGCCAGAGACAACCCAAAAGUGCAGCCUUUACUUUGCGAGAGAGAUACUGGAGGAUUGCCAAUGAAAGCAGACAUCACCGUCCAGUGCCGGGGACCCCGUGUUUGGGAACCAGACCAUUUACAUUCUAAAGCUAGAACUACCUCACUAUAGUCAGGGCCUCUGAUGAAAUGAAAGACAUCUCAGCAGAGCAGGGGCUGAAGGGAUGGCUCAGAAGUUGAGAGCCAGGUUCAAUUCCUAGUGCCCACAUGGUAGCUAACUCUGAACUGUUACUCCAUUUCCAAGGUGAUACAAAUGCCCUCUUUUGGCCUCUGCAGGUACGGCAGGCAUGCAAACAUACAUAUGGGGGAAAUAGCCAUACAUGUAAAAUAAAAAUAAACUUAAAUAAAAAUUGUUUUCUUUUA